AUGGCUUCACCAGACUCUACCGACAUGACGGUUGCCGACGUCGUAAGUCUUGAAGAUGCGAAAGAGAACCCUUUGCGCCCUGGGAGUGCCCGGUCUCCCAAGUAUUUUGCGAUGUUGGAAAAGCGCCGCCGCCUCCCGGUGAUGCAGGGCGAGAGCUUCGAGAGGUUCCUCGACCUCUAUCACAACAACCAGGUUGUCGUUGUUACUGCUGAUACGGGCUCUGGCAAGUCGACCCAGCUCACCCAACGCAUCAUGUACCUCGAGUUGAGGAAAGGCCUCCAGGUGGUAUGCACCCAGCCUCGAAGGGUUGCUGCACGAGGUGUCGCUGAGCGGGUUGCUGUCGAAAUGGACGUCCGUCUUGGUGACCAAGUGGGUGUUCACCACCGCGACAACAACAACACCAAUGCACAGACUCGCUUGAAGUUUGUCACCGAGGGUAUUCUUUUGCGCCAGUGUCAGGGUGACCCUCUUCUCUCCCGCUACUCCUGUGUUAUCAUCGACGAAUGUCACGAGCGCACCUCUGACGUGGAUAUCCUGCUGGCCCUCAUCAAAAAGGCACUUGGCUACCGGUCGGGAUUGAAGCUGGUCAUCAUGUCGGCUACGAUGAAGGCGCACAAGUUCGCUGACUACUUUGGUGUCUCUGAUAUCGUAGAGAUCCAGGGAAGGGCUUUCCCAGUCCUGAUCCAGCAUCUCCAGACGCCUACUCCGGACUAUGUCGAACUCGCAUUACGUGUCGUGAAGCACAUCCAUGAGACCAAAGCUCCCGGGAACAUUCUUGUAUUCCUGGCGUCGGCGAACCAAAUCGAGCUGGCUGUUUCGAAACUUCGUGGUGCCAUCAGCGAUCUCCACGUGGUGCCACUAUACUCGUCACUGCCCAAGGAUGAACAGGCGAAAGCCUUCUGUUCGAGCGACAAGCGAAUGUGUAUCGUCGCCACCAACGUCGCUGAGACCAGCCUCACCAUUGAUGGUGUUGUCUACGUUGUGGAUGGCGGCAUUGAGAUGCAGGAGGGGUAUAACCCUCGGGUGGGCAUGAUGACUCUUCUCUCUGCUCCGAUAUCUCAAGCGUCCGCUCAGCAGAGAACUGGCCGGGCCGGUCGUACCCAGCCGGGUGAAUGCUUUCGCCUCUACACCAAGGACACCUUCGAUAACAUGCUUUUGAAAAGCACACUCCCGGGCCUUCUCAAGAGCGACAUCAAGACACAGAUCAUGAUUCUGAAGAGCGCCGGAAUCAACAAUGUUGGCGCAUUUGACUUCCUGGAUCCGCCCCAUGCAGAGGUCUACCUUCGUGGUCUGCAAGACCUCAGGGCCAUGAACAUGAUUGAUGGUGAUGGCAAGAUUACUCGUGCCGGUACCGCAGCUAUGCAACUCCCGAUCGCGCACGCUUGGUACAAUGCAUUCGCGGAGGCCCUCAAACUUGGAUGCUUGGACGAGAUGAUCAGCAUUGCGGCCUUGUCAAGCACACGAGAUUCUGUCUUUGCCAAACCCCAUCCACAAAGGUACGCUGCUGCUGCUGAACACGCACAGUUUGCUCAUCCCAUGUCGGAUCACCUGUCCGAACUCGCCGCCUUGUACAAGUACAUGCAGCAAGGCAAACUCGGAGACGAAAAGCGGGCAAUUUGGUGCCAUGAGACGUUCCUCAACGUCAAGUCGUUGGGUGAGGCUCUGAUGAUUCGCAAGGACUUGCUUGAAAAGUGCUGUGUGCUCUUCAGGAUAAGAACUGCACCUAUCCUCUCGUUCGACGACAAGGAGUACGACGUCAAGAUACGUAAAGCCCUCGCCCGUGGCUUCUACCACCACGCGGCCAUCAUUGAUGAUGCUGCCAAAGAUCAAUACCGGACGCUUGACAACUUCCCCGUCGGUGUUGACCCCGACAGCGCUCUGGUGGGAAUGGGUUGGAAAUGGGUAGUGUAUCAUGAGUUGGGCUACACCAGUUAUCAGUACAUGGAUCGAUGCACAGCAAUUGAGCUCGACUGGCUCCUGGACAUGGUCCAUUUCUACCCCGUGAACCUUCCAAAGGACUACAACGGAAACGUCCGGAACAAAAAGAUUCGAGCAAUCUUUGACAAAAUCGGCCGACCCUACCACCCCCCAAGCCAACAAUCCUGA